AUGCCUCACACCCGCACUCCACCCUCAACAAUCGAAGAAAUCCUAGCAACAGCCACCCCAGAUCCAGGAUGGACAGCCACACUCGAGAGCUGUCCCAUACCGUCCGGAGCAGACUACGAGCUCGAAACUCUCAAACAGCUUAGUGCCGCAAGUUUACCACGUUUACAGAAUGUGCUAAAAGCAAAUCGUCCCUCGGACGUCAAUGAGAUUGAGGUCUAUAUAGACAUUCCGAGCACGGAGCUUAAGCCGGAAGCGGGCAGGAAUAGAGUCAUUGUGACUUGGCCGAAGGACUCGAUUGAGCAUGAGGAGGGCUGGCCUGUGAUUGUGCUGUUUCAUGGUGGUGGACAUUCGAUUGGGUGUCCCGAGCAGGAACUACCGCUUGCGAGAUUGCUGGUACAGAAAUCUAACGCUGUUGUCGUACUUCCCUCAUACCGCUUAGCACCCGAGCAUGCCUUUCCCAGCAGCUUCAACGACGCCUUCGAGACGCUCAAGCAAGUCGCGGUGGAUGCCGUUGUCCUUACUGAAGCUGGCCCGGAUUGCCAAGCAGUCAAGGUCCUUCCGAAAGAACUUGCUGGCAAAAUAGAUCCAAAGCGGGGAUUCGUCAUAGGAGGAACUUCAGCCGGCGCCACCAUUUCUGCAUCGAUAUCACAUCUCUACCAUAAAUGGCGGUCAUCCUUUCCCUCAUUGCCGACUCAAAAUCCACCCGUAAUCACAGGUAUUUUCUUUGCUGCUGGCACAACACUCAAUCCAGACUGUGUCCCUGCCGCUUACCAGCCCUAUUUCUAUGCUCGCAAGCAAAACGAAAAUGCUCUUCCACUAGACAAAGACCUUGCCGCGCUCUUCCACACUGGUCUCAAUCACGACCCAAACUCUCCCAUCUGGGCUAGUCUCGAUCAACAUCCCGAGCUGAACCGUGAGAAAGUCGGCCAGGACCAUCUUUAUCUCAAAGAAGUGGGGACAAGGGUGUACUUCCAGGUCUGUGGGCAGGAUAUAUCGAGAGACGAUGGAUUGAUAUAUGAGCGUGUGUUGAGGGAGGAAGCUGGUGUUGAGACACGACUAGACCUAUACUCGGGAUUCGGUCAUUGUUUCUGGGGAAUGCCAGGCCCGUAUACGGAACUGCAGAUGAGUAAAAGAAGGAUGAGUGAUAGUGUGGAGGGCAUCGAAUGGUUGUUAAGGCGUUGA